AGGACAACCUAAGCGUGGUCUUAUUCUAUCCAUGACUGAGAGAAGGGCUCUUCUUGUUGCUUCCCACGCUGUUUCAGUUAUUCCUGUCUCCUCUUCAAUGGGUCGAGGUCGAGCCUUCUCUACCGCAGUUCUUCUUGGGAGUUGAUCUGACAUCUGCGGAAGCAGAUGGCUCAACAGGAAGGAGGUUGGCCUCUUGGGUUGCAGCCAGUGAACGUGAGGAUCGGUUUAGUCAGGAACGUUGGCUUCUCUGGCUCUCAUUCCUUCAGGACUCUCAUCACUGCUUCUCCAAGCUCAUCUUCUAGCUCUUCAUCUGGCUUAGAUACGGAGUCCACCGGAUCUUUCUUUCAUGAUCGUAGCAGCACCCUCGGCAGCCUCAUCGGCAUCACCAGCAUCCUCGAUCUGUCGAACAGGUCGCUUCGGAGGAGCAGGCAACAGGAGAAUCCAAGGACGAACAAGAACCGCAAGACCAAAACCUGGUUCUCACUGUGCGCGAGAACUCAGCUCAGCGGCGACGUAACCGACGCUUCUCCAUCCCUUGGCUCCUUCCUCGAGGCAGAGAGGAGGGCUAGCAAUGCUCGUCAGGUGAGGAAUGGUGUUUCGAUCACGUAUGUGCUCGAAGGGUUGGCCGAGAGCCGACCUGCACCGGAGCCGAACACUGUCUUCUCCGAUGGCCUCGUUCUUCCACCUCCUCCUCAGUGCCCUCAAAGCGGGACUCAUGCAGUCUUGGGUCUUCAUAGUGGCCAUUGCUUUGCAUUGAUGUUUCCAUGUGUGGCUGCUCAGUCUACAGAAUGAAGGAUACCAUCAAGCUCAAAUCCAUUUUCGAUGGACAAAGCAAAUUUAGUUGCAUCAUUCACCAAGAAAAAGUACUUGUAAGAUUCUUCACUGUGGAUUUUUAUGUGACUUAAGGAAUUCAAUACCCCAAAGGAAGUCAUAUUUAUUGAUUUGCAUCCUCAA